GUUUAGUCUUACUAGUUGUUGGAGUUGAGAAUUUGGGUUUAUGCAUGAGUCAAAACCUAUGGAUCAAGAUGAUUAAAAUGCUGUAUGGAUUGUCUGACUGUAAAAUUAGGCCAGUGACGUAAAAUGCAUAAAGAAAAUAUUUUCUUCAGGUAUUACUUCAAAAGCAUAAUGGAAAUAUAACCAUUGUAAUUUACCAAUCAAGGUAUAAAAAACUAGAAAUGAUGAAACUUAGCCUACUGCUUUUGACAAAUUCCACUCGAGUUAACAUCAAAUAUUAUGAUUACUUCUUAAACUAAGCAUAUGGAAGUAAAAUGUUAUCAUUUUGAAGAUGCACAUUUCUCCUAAGGAUAGCCUAGGGACAUCAAACUAUCAGUUUAUAUAUUAUAUGAAAUGAUUAAAGAAGUCUGAGAUUGGAAUUGAUUUUUGCAAGCAAAAUAAUCCUGCCCAUUUACAUCCAUAAGCUCAUGUUUUAGACCGGUCGGGAAAAGACAGGAAGAAACCUAAAACUCAUUUAGAAGUUAGAAUCAUUUAGUAACCAUUGAUGUGGCGCGAAACUUGUAGACACACCACUAGUGAAAUCCACCUCAUCUACUUCUUUGCAAAGCAAAUUUUAGUCGUAAAAUAUACAAGGACUAAUGAAUUGAAUAUCCAACGGAAUAAGAGAAGAAAUACUCCUCUACAUCUCAUGAAGACCACCCUAUUGCAAUUAACUAUAAUUUGUUUUCUGGUUUGCACAUUAUGUUGGCCUCUCAUUUUUUUUAUAGCUCCAAGCCGUUAUAUGCUAUCUAUGAGAACUAGGUUGCCCCAAAUUUGUAUUUUUAAUUUCCCAUGCAUAUAUCCAUUUUGCCUAAUAAAUCAGUUUCAAGAGAGCUCACAAUUUUAGUUACCUUGACCAACGAUCCAGAAAAUGGUUUACUUUUUGUUCAAGCUCUUCUGUUUGUUAGUUUUGCACACAUGGGUGAUGGUGCCGUGUGGACUUCUCAUAGAUCAAUUUUUUGUUGCAUUGAAGGCGAGGUUCUUGCUAAGCAACUUGCAACUUUGGGGGCUAAGAUAAUUAUUUCUGCAAGAAAUGAGGCAGAAUUGGAGAGAGUUAAGAAACACAUUUCUGCUUUAGGAAAACAUGGACCUGAAGGGGUGGAGAUAUUACCUCUAGAUUUGAGUUCUGGUGAAGAUGCAAUUGGAGAUGCUGUUGAAAAAGCUGUGUCUUUAUUUGGUGGAGCAGGUGUGGAUUAUAUGAUCCACAAUGCAGCCUUCGAGCGACCUAAAUCAACAGCACUCGAUGUACCUGAAGCAAGUCUCAAGGCUACACUCGAUGUAAAUGUUAUGGGGCCAAUAUCUCUUACACGACUACUGCUCCCUCACAUGUUGAAGAGAGGGAGAGGACACUUUGUUGUGAUGAGUAGUGCUGCAGGUAAGGCUCCUGCACCAGGUCAAGCAGUGUAUUCUGCAUCAAAAUUUGCUUUAAAUGGCUACUUCCAUUCCUUGCGGUCGGAGCUUUACCAAAAGGGAAUCAUGGUAACGGUUGUUUGCCCCGGGCCAAUAGAGACAUCAAAUGCACCUGAUACGAGCACCUCUGGGCAAAGGGGAGUCAGGGAGAAACGAGUAUCGUCAGAGAGGUGUGCAGAGCUUACACUAGUUGCUGCAAGCCAUGGUCUGAAGGAAGCUUGGAUAUCUUUUCAGCCUGUGCUUGCUGUUAUGUACCUGGUGCAAUACAUGCCAUCUGUUGGAUUUUGGCUAAUGGAUAAGAUUGGGGCAAAACGAGUCGAAACAGCUGCACAAAAGGGCAACACGUAUUCAAUGAACCUACUCUUCGGUCGAAAGAAGGAAUAGCUCGAUCUUUUCUCAUCGGUCUCAUGAUGGCAUUAAUAGUUUCACUACAUUUAGUUGUAUGGUUCUUAUUUUUGUAGUAACGUUUCCUUUUAAUCUUAUUUUUGCAGU